UCCCCUCCUACUUCCCCUCUCCUUUCCCUUCUUCGGCAGACAGCUUCUUGUUCUAGGGUUUCCGAGGCUUUUCUCCCUUCCCUGAUCUAUUUCUUGUUUCCUUCUCCCAAGCCGAAAUCCCUUCUCGGGGUUUAGAAGAUCGCCAUUUUCUCCGUCACUGGCUUAGAGUAGGAUCGAUUCUUAGAGGUGUUCUCAUGGCUUCCAGCAAUCAUACUAUGGAAGAAUCUGACGAUUGCUCCUCCACGUCGACCAUGCGGCAGAUACUCCGGAGCUGUCAGGCCGCUCGCCGGCGCCUCCAAGAACGCGUCUCUGCUCUCGAAGACAACCUCAACUACAAGAAAUCGCUCCUGGAGAACCACCAGACUGAAGCUAGAACAUUUGACAACGGGCUGAAGAAGUGCAUUGAGGACAAGGCGGCGGUGGCAGCAAAGUGCGCCAAGCUGGAGAAUGAAAUGAUAAAAUUGACGAUGCCCCAAGACCGGUCGGCGAAGAAUGAAGCGAGCACAGUUUCCGACAAACUGAUGGCAUUGAGGCAUGUCAAGCUGGAGAAUCAAUUGGGGCAGACUGAAGUGAGCAUGAGCACUGAGGAGUUGAAGAACUGCACCAAUGGCAAGGAUAUGAUAGCAUUGGCGAGCAACCGGCUGGAGAAUUUGAUGGAAAAUACAAGAAAAUUGGCUGCUGAGUUUGCAUCCUUCAAAACGGACUUCGAAAGCAUGAUUAUCAAUAUCAAAAGAGCUGAAGAAGAGGAAGCAACAUCAAGCAUAAAGAAAUCAAAAGAGCUGAAUGGCAAUUAAUUUCAGUGGGCGGCAACUUGAGUAAACAUGGUGUUCAGUGGGAGGUGUAACAUUCUGUCAUCAUGAAAUAUGGGUUCUGUAGCUUUCCAAUUGAUACAUAGUGUAGUGUCACUAAUUCUUGCAAAACGUUUUUUCUUGCUUUUGGUUGUGUGCUACCGCUGGUUCUUGUUGUCGUACAAUGCGUUGGAAAGAACUUAGAUGAUGAACUGAGUAUUGAUUCUUUAGUUUUGGGCAUGUACUGAAACUCCAGUUAAUCAAAAUGUGUGCGCGAGACGUACGGAUUCACAGUAACUGGUUGUUUUCAUUGGGCUAGCCAUUGCAAUUCAUUAAGGCCGACUAACA